CCUGCUCCUCCCCCUCUCCUCCUCCAGAGCCACUUCUCUUUCUCAUCACAUCCCGAGGAUUUCGGAGAUGUGAGGAAUAGGAAGAGUGUUAUUGAACAGCUUAGCUUCUGACACUGUCUCUUGACCUCAUCUUCAGCAUGAAUGGUGAUAUGCCUCAUGUUCCCAUCACUACUCUUGCUGGAAUUGCUAGCUUGACAGACUUGUUGAACCAGCUACCGUUGCCUUCUCCACUGCCUGCUACAACUGCUAAAGGUCUACUGUACAGCAGUAGAAUCUCUGAAGAGGUAAACAAUUUACUGGUGUGUCGGGAUGAAAAUUUGGUGACUCAGCUCGUCCACAGUCUUAACCAAGUCUCUACUGAACAUAUUGAAUUGAAGGACAAUCUGGGCAAUGAUGAACCAGAAGGGGAAAUGCCUUUGCUGUUGCAAACCUUGUUGUCAAGGAACCCCAAAAUCUUCAGGGAUAAAAGUAUGCCUUCCCAGAACGAGGUUUGGGGUGGUGUUAGGCAGCCAUCUUUGAUUCAGCAGUACAAAGUGACUCAGAAUCAAGUUCACGGCAGUCCGGCAUCUAACUAUCAGCAAACCUCUGUUCCCCCAAGUCCUUCUGGAUGUUUUACUCCUCAGCAGUCUGGGUCUGGUGCAAGAUUUAUAACCAAACAGAACAGUCCCAUAUCCAGUCCCUACACCCCACAGAGUCCCGACGACUACUUGCAAUACAAUCCACCCAGUUAUUCUCAACACCAACAAGCUCAACAAGCUGCCGGGAUGAGAAAUAUCCAUGACAACAAGGUCUCUGGACAGCUCUCAAAUAACUCCAAUCACAAUGUACGAGUUGGUUCCAAUGAUACCUACAUGAACAUGACACGAUUAGGAAAUGAGGCAAAUGGCUCCUCCACAAAAGGUGCUGCAUUUUCUGUGGGAUCUCCAAAUUCUACAUGUUCUCCUGCUGCACAUGAAGAGACCACAAAACGUUCAAGGGUCAUCAUACAGUCACCCAAUGAUCUACCCGACAAACGCGUAACUUCAGUGGAGUACAAAAAGAAACAUAAAGAAAGGAACAAGGAGGAAUAUGAACAAAUUGAUAAAAAUGCUUUGUAUGACAUAGUAAGCUCACCAGUGAAGGACUCUUCAAGGCUAACUUUAAAACUGACUAGAGUACGAUCUUCUGACACGGAUCACUCUGGAGACAUGCCUGCUGUAGAAAAUGCCAAUCACGUAGAUACUAGUGUAAUGAAGGAUACUCCGUUGUCAAGGACUACCCAAGAGUCUUUACAGAAGUCAGAAGCUGAGGAGCAGGCAAACUGUCAUCUGCCUGUUGUCCAACACAAUACAAAAGACACUGGUGCUGUUAAUUCAUCUGCCUGUGAUGAAGCUGAGACAGAUGCACUUUCAGAGUCUGAGAGAGUAGAACAUGAGUCAUCAUUUGAGAAAGAACGCUGGAAUAAGGAUGUUCAGGAUAAAGACAAACCACUGAAGAAACGAAAACAGGACUCAUAUCCCCAGAAACCUGGAGUUGGAGGAUUUUCUGAAGUGGGAGAUGGCCAAAAGGGUAACCGCAGCAGCAAGAUGACACCCAGAAAGACUGUUGCUACAAAUAAUGGUACAGGUCGGCCUGCUUUGAUGGUCAGUAUUGAUCUAGAGCAAGCUGGUCUAGGAAAAGCACAUCCUGUGGUGGUCUUGGAACCUCGAGAGAUUUGUGAAGAUCACCUAAAACGCCUAAAAUUGAAGACAGAUGAUAAGGGAAACAAAGUUGUUGAAAAUCAAGGCUUCAUUAAACAACAUACAGAUAACUCUAGAAAGUUUGAUACUCAUAAAAACCACCAGGAAAGCCAGAAGGAACCUAAACUACAAAAUGUCGCACAGAAUAGCAGUACAGAACACAAUGAAAUGGACACAUUACGUCAGAAACACAAACCCAAUUUAGAAACUACUUUCAAAGAGGAAAGAAACAACAGCAGUCAUCAUUGCAAUGCCAGGAUCCCUGAUAGUCAAAAAAACAGUGAUAGCACAAAAAUGAAUACCUCCACUGAAACAGAUAAGGAAAAGAACAGACACAAGGAAAAAGACCGGAGCAAAAGUGUGGAAAAAAAUAGAGACAGUAAUAAGGACAAACACAAAAACAGGGAACCCAGCAAGGAUGGAAGAGACCAGAAUAAAAAUGAUGAACGGAGUAAAGCUAGAGAAGACAAGGAAAAGAGUCUUAACAAGGACCGAGGUAGGGGUCAACCUCAAGAAAAAGACCAAGAUGUCAUUAAAGAACGAAAUCGAAAUAGGUCUAAAGAGGUGGACACUGAUAAAAUGCAGAAAAAAGAUCAGGACCUGGAUAAAGAACCAAAACAGAAAAGGGUAAAAGAAACUGAGCGGGACAAAAGGCAAGAGAAGCACCAAGAACUGGAAAAAAAUAGAAAUCGAAACAAGGACCAAGAACGAGAAAAGGCCAAAAUCCAAGAAAAAAUCCAGGAGCCAGUCAAAGAUGUGCAGCAAAGUAAGGAUAAGGAGAGGACCAAGGACAAAACCCAAGCAAAGGACCAAGAUCAAGAAAAAGAUUUGAAGUACAAUAAGGGUAAAGAGCGGACAAAAGACAAAACCCAAGAAAAGGAGCCAGAUCACAAAAAAGACCGACAUCGCAACAAGGAAAAAGAUCGAGACACCGAAAAGAUUCAAGAAAGAAAUAAAGAGCCUGACAAAGACCGCAGGCGCAGUAAGGAUAAAGAGAGGAAUCAAGAUCAAGACAAAACUCGUGAAAAAGAUAAAGAGCGCUGCAAAGGCCGAGGAGAUGAACGAGAUGCGGAAAAGAAGCACAGACUGGCACAAUCUGAGGAAAACUAUAAUAAACAAUGUGGUGACCAGCCCACUAAAGCAGAUUGCCCUAAAACGAAGCAUGAUGGGAGUAAAAGAUCCACAGACCUCAAUAGACGACCAAAGACAGAAAGUACCUCUUCUGCUAACAAGGAAGACCGAAAGAGUAGUUGUCAGAUUUCAGAUAAACAGACUGUGGAAACCAAGGCCAGUGAGUUUCCCUCAUACCUGUUGGGUGGCACGGGAACAAAUUUGAAAAACUUUGUCAUUCCUAAACUGAAGCGGGAUUCGAGUACUAAAUGUGUUGAUGGGCUGGUUGAACCUAGAGUUGUGCUGGAUAGAGUGUCACUGGUUAAGAAUCUAGCUAAAGCAGCCAAGCCUGUAAUUGUGCUUAAGAGACUCAGUAUUGAUGAAAUAAAACAAAUAAUUAGGGAGAGCAGGAAUGCUCGUUCAUCCAGAGACUGGUCUUCCAGAUCAGAAAUGUCAUCAAACAAGCGUAGACACAGUGCGGUCAGUAAGAAACCCAAGUAUGUUGUGUCCGACUCUGAAGAAGAAAGUGAAGACUCAGAUAAUGAGGUUGUGAGAAAAAAAUCCAAGAGAGACAAUGACAAGACCUGGAAAUGUGAGGAGAAAAGAGGUCGGUCUUCAAGUGGCCGCCAUCGUGAUAGAAGUUCAGCGGAUUCAGAUGAAAGUUCUCCACCACCAAGCCUGACUGCUGUUGCAAGAAAACUAAGCAAAAAGGAGAAGCAGAAAAGUAAAAAGUCACAUGAACCCAAGCAGACAGUUGAAGAAAUGAUGGAUUCAUCCACAUUCAAGAGAUUUACAGCCACCCUGGACAGCAUACUAGAGAACCUUGAAGAUGCAGAUUUUACUGCCACAGAUGAUGACGAAAUACCUCAGGAACUCUUGCUUGGACAGCAUCAGUUGAGUGAGCUUAGCAGUGACUCUGCUAAGAUUAAAGCUAUGGGUAUUUUCAACAAGAUUCCCUCUGAAAGACUGGUAAAAGUUUUGAAUAUUCUAGAGAAGAAUAUUCAGGACAGUGUCAAACUUUCCACAUUAAUGCAUUAUGAUAAUGAUUCAAUGGACGAAGAGAAGCUGUGGCGUGACCUCAUCAUGGAACGAGUGACCAGAUCUGCAGAUGCCUGUCUGACUGCCCUCAACAUCAUGACAUCUCCACACAUGCCCAAAGCGGUUUACAUUGAGGAUGUGAUUGAGAGAGUGUUGCAAUACACCAAGUUCCACUUGCUGAAUACUCUAUACCCUCAGUAUGACCCAGUCUAUAGGGUGGAUCCUCAUGGAGGUGGUGUCCACAGUUCAAAAUCCAAAAGGGCCAAAUGUUCCAGCUCUAAACAGAAGGUGGUAGUAAAGCUCUACAAUAAAGUUUGUGAUAUUGUGGGCAAUAUGUCAGAGCUCCUUGAGAUUCAGCUACUCACUGAUACUACUAUUCUCCAGGUGUCUACAUUGGGCAUUACCCCUUUCUUUGUUGAGAAUGUCAGUGAGUUGCAGUUAUGUGCAAUCACACUUGUGACAGCGGUCUUUUCACGUUAUGAGAAACACAGACAGCUAAUUCUUGAAGAGAUUUUCACCUCCCUGGCAAGAUUGCCUACGAGUAAACGCAGCCUCAGGAAUUUUAGGUUAAGCAGUGACUCGGAUGGUGAAUACGUUUACAUCCAGAUGGUUUCUGCCCUUGUCCUUCAGCUCAUUCAGUGUGUGGUACAAUUACCGUCUGAAAGAGAUGGAGAGGAAGAACACAACAAGAAGGUUGAUAAAGAUGUCCUAAUCACAAAUGCUUACGAAACAGCUAUGAGGACUGCACAGAAUUUUCUGUCGGUUUUUCUUAAAAAGUGUGGGAGUAAGCAGGGUGAAGAAGACUACAGGCCUCUGUUUGAGAACUUUGUCCAUGACUUGCUUUCCACUGUUAACAGGCCUGAAUGGCCUGCUGCUGAAUUGCUGCUCAGCUUACUGGGACGAUUGUUGGUUCACCAGUUCAGUAACAAACAAACAGAAAUGGCACUCAGGGUAGCAUCACUGGACUACCUAGGCACUGUGGCCUCUCGCUUACGCAAAGAUGCCGUCACAAGCAAAAUGGAUCAAAAAGUCAUUGACCGCAUCCUAAAGGAG